AGGCCACGGCCGAUGGGCGCGGAGGGCCCGGCCACGGAUGCCGAGGGCGCCAGAGGGCAUCGCGGCAAGCUGUAUUCGGCGGGCGAGGAGGAGGCGGAGUGGCGCCCCGCGGGCACGGGCCUGGCCUACGUGGUCGACGCCGCGGCGGGUGGCGGCGUGGCGCGCCUGCGCUUCCGGGACGAGGACAGCGGCAAGCUCAUCCACGACCGCCCGCUGUUCGGCCCGGGCACCUACGCGCGCCAGGGCGACACGCAGUCCAUCAUCGUGUGGGAGGACCCCGAGACGCUCGGGGACUGGGCGCUGAGCUUCCAGGAUCCGUCGGGCGCCGCGGACAUCUGGCAGGCCAUGACCGCCGAGUCGGCGCAGGACCCC